CCUUCCCUCCCUCCUUGUCUGGGCUCCUCGACACCAGCUUGGGCCGCGCUCCCAGCGGGACGGGCUGGAGGGAUGAAGAUGAUGAAGGCGCUGCCGUACCCCGCCGCCCUCCUCUUCCUCCUGGCUGCUUCCCCUCUGGAGCCAUCUCACUGUGCCAAGGUGCUGAUCAUGCCCACCAUCGUCUUCGACAGCCACCUGAGAGUCUUCAUGAGGGUGGCAGAGGCACUGAGUGACCGGGGCCACGACCCUGUCCUGCUGCUCCACGAGGGUCGGGAUGUGGACACCCACCUGCCCGGCUUCCGCCUCCAGAGGUACCGGGGCAUCUUCAGCACCGAGAGUGCAGAUGCCUGGGUGCAGGAGAAGAUAAAACGUGUCUUCCAAGGGAAGAUGACCUCCCUGGAGAUGUUUUCCUUUCUGGAGAAGUACCUGGAGAACUGCGACCUCGUGCUGGGCAACUCCAGCCUCCUGCAGAAGCUCGGCAGCGAGCGCUUCGACCUGCUGCUGGUGGACCCCAACGAGAUGUGUGGCUUCAUCUUGGCACACAUCCUCCGUGUCAAAUACGCUGUCAUCUCCACGGGCUUCUGGUUCCCAGCCGAGAUCGGGGCCACCUCCCCCAUCUCCUAUGUGCCUGAGUUCAACUCCCUGAUGACAGACAGGAUGGGCUUCUUGGGCAGGACCUGGAACCUCCUGGUCUACAUCAUCACCCGCGUGGCCACCAAGCUGGUGAUCCUGCCCAAGUUCGAGCGCCUCAUGGAGAAGCACGGGGUAGAGCCCAGGACAUCCAUGCUGGACCUUGUCCACGGAACCAGCCUCUUCUUCCUCUGCAAUGACGUGGUGCUGGACUUCCCCCGGCCCACCCUGCCCCAUGUCAUCUUCACGGGGGGGAUCCUUGCUGAGCCUGCAAAGCCCCUCCCGGUGGGUCUGCGUCUCUGGGUGGAAGGAGCAGAUGCAGGAGUUGUUGUUGUCUCCUUUGGCAUCGGGAUCCGAGCUCUGCCCAGGGAGCUGGUGGAGAAGAUGGCAGGAGCGUUCGCCCGGCUCCCCCAGAGGGUGGUCUGGAGAUACUUUGGGCAGAAGCCAAGGAACCUGGGUGAGAACACGUUGAUGAUGGGGUGGCUGCCCCAGAACGACCUGCUAGGCCACCCCAAUGUCAAAGCCUUCGUCAGCCACUGCGGGAUGAACGGAGUCUUCGAGGCCAUCUACCAUGGGGUGCCAGUCGUGGGGUUCCCCUUCUACGGAGACCAGUUUGACAUCAUGACCAGAGUGCAGGCAAAGGGCAUGGGCAUCCUCAUGGACUGGAGCAGGGUGAAAGAAGAGGAACUUUAUCAGGCUGUCAUCAGAGUCAUCUCGGAGCCCAGCUACAGGACAGCAGCCCAGCAGAUCUCAGCCCUGCACCUGGACAGGCCCAUGCACGCUCUCAACAGGACAGUUUACUGGCUGGAGUACAUCCUGAGGCAUCACGGGGCACCCUUCCUCCGCCCCGCCGUCUAUGACCUCUCCUGGUACCAGUACUUCUGCCUGGACAUCUUGGCUCUGCUCCUGCUGUGCCUGGCCGGCCUGGGAUUCCUCCUCUACAAAUCUGUGGGGUGGUGGUGGAGGUGGUGGAGGGGCUCAGGGCUCAGCCCCGUGCACCAGAACGGCAGCUGCCUGCGGGGACACUGCACAGAGGAGAAGAAGUGGCAGUAGGGGCUUGGUGCAUCCCAUCCCAUGGCACAUCCCAUCCCGUGGCACAUCCCAU